UCUAAGCUGUCUGGGUGCCGAUUACCUACAAGUAUUUAUGCUAUUAUUUAGCCAUAUUUUCAGACAUGAUGUUUAUUUCUAAUCGGUCAAUAUUAUCCUUUAAUAUACUUCCUGUGCUUGUCGCUAUUAUAUGGGAAUCAAACACAUCAGGUGCCUCCAACUACUGCAAGAACGGCCGCACCCGCCCAGAAGGUUCUGUAUAUAAGUGUAUGUGUUUCAAAGGCUGGAGCGGAGAAUGGUGUGAUCAGAAGCUUGCCAACUGGUGUCCUCAGCCACUUGUAGAAAAUGGAAACAUCAGGUACUGUCGUGGUGAGGACUUCUCUGUAGAAACCACAUGUCAGUUUGGGUGUAAAGAGGGAUUCGAGUUCUCCCAGGACGGUCCACCCCACGUGGCCGCCACGUGCCAGGCUAACCAGGAAUGGACCUAUCUACCUCACUGUGACAAGCAGGACAUCUGGUGUCAGUCUCCAGAUAUCAUGAAUGGGAAGACACACUGCAGCGAGGAUCACAAGAUCUUCAGUACCUGUACAUUUACAUGUGAGCCGGGCUAUCACGCCGUGGGUCCUGCCAAAUCCACGUGUACUCAGCACCGCAGAUGGGAUCCCAUGCCGCCUACGUGUAAAAAAAAUACCUGCCUGAAAUGCACAUACGUGGAGGCCUACGCAAACCAGGCAGUGCUACCAGGGGUUAAGGUGGACAGUGACCAACGCUCACUGACAGAUGCCAAAUGCAGGGACGGUGUGACGCUCUCGACGGUGGAGUGUCUUGGGUCCUGCUUCACUGCUGACGCCCAGUGGACAAUAAAGGAUACAGCGGGUGACAAAGAUUUUGUAACAGACGUCGUUGAAAGAGGAUGCUCUCCUUCCAAAUCAUCUGCUUCGUAUUCCUCUGACGUUACCGGAUACGCAAAGGACAUUGGGAAAUUACAGCAUUCUAAAUAUGGUUCAACCGUCAACGGAAGAGUUUAUUUCUGUUUCGGCGACAAAUGUAAUACAGAGCAAGCUGCAAGCGGCGCUGCAGCAGUACCUAACUCUUUCGGGCAUAUGUCCAUUAGGUUGAUGACUGGGGCAAUUAUAAUAGCAGUUUAUUCUAUGAUGCUCUGUUAGCGUUUGGAUUCACCAUGGGUACUUAUUCUAUGCACUUCCAUGUAGGUUUAUCUUAGGCUAAUAUGUGCUGGGACGGUAAUAAGUACAUUGGUGUAUAAAUUCUACAACACGACUUUUCCCAGCUUACAAAUCGCACGGAGAAUCCCUGAUACUGCUAAGUAUAUCUCAAGUUUUCAUUUAACCUGUAACGAGGCGUUAUGAAAAAAAACUUUCAUUUAUAUAAGUUGUAAAUUUACGCGUAGUGGUGGGCUUCUCCAUUUUGCUUGGUUAAAAACGUAGACUAACGCAGGUACGUAUUCAACAUUUUAUGAUAACUAAAAGAUAUUAAAAUCAAAAAAGGUCUCACUGGAGUUACUGACACCAGGUCACGCUGUUAACCAUUUAGAAUUGUACAGAAUUACCAGUGUGUAAGGAUUAUUUCAGUAAAUCAACAAUCAUUUCAUUUUUGGUGGCUUUAUAAUUUGGUUUUUGAGAAGCGAGUUUUUCCUCCUUCCUUUCAACCUUCAUUUAUUGUUAUUCGCAAUUUGGUAUCGAGCCUUUCUAAAACUAGCUAAAUGCAUGUACGUGUAUGUAUAAAUAGCUAAGAGAUAAUUGCAUUUUAUAGCUCAAUUAAGUUUUGUACGCUUCAGUAACCCCG